GAAGCUUGUUGGACUUUUUGAAAGAUGGAGAUGGCAGAAAUUUAAAAUUGCCUCAACUUGUGGACAUGGCAGCCCAGAUCGCUGGGGGCAUGGCGUAUAUUGAGCGGAUGAACUACAUCCACAGAGACCUGAGAGCUGCCAAUAUCCUGGUUGGAGAGGGUCUGGUCUGUAAGAUUGCAGAUUUUGGACUGGCUAGACUCAUUGAGGACAAUGAGUACACAGCUAGACAAGGAGCAAAGUUUCCAAUAAAGUGGACCGCCCCAGAGGCUGCUCUGUAUGGGAAAUUUACCAUCAAAUCAGAUGUGUGGUCUUUUGGCAUCUUGUUGACGGAGCUCAUCACCAAGGGCCGAGUGCCUUACCCAGGGAUGAACAACAGAGAGGUGCUGGAGCAGGUGGAGCGUGGGUAUCGCAUGCCGAGUCCGCAGGGCUGCCCGGCUUCACUGCACGAGCUGAUGGUGCAGUGCUGGAGGAAGGACCCGGACGAGAGACACACCUUUGAGUACCUGCAGGGCUUCCUGGAGGACUACUUUACUGCUACUGAACCCCAAUACCAGCCUGGAGAGAACCUGUGAUAGCAUUAGCUCAAUAUAUCCUUCAGGAAAGAUGCGAUCGCCUUUCUAACUUUCUAUCACAAUACCUCCAAAAACUGCUGCACUGAUGCACGGCACCUCAAUCACAGGCUCUGGACAUGCAAUCUCUCAUCUUGUGGUGUAGCGUGAGAGCUUCAAACUAAAAAUGCCUUCCAAGAUCUCAAACCGCAAGAUGGGUCACUUUUUUGAAGUAAUAAUGGGCAAUGCUAAUGUCGGGUCUUCUUUAACUUUAACCCCUGGUUUCACAGACAAGGCUUAAGCCUAGACUAAAAUACACGUAUGAGGAGUUUUAACUGAAAGAAUGUCUUUAAAUGUGUCAGUUCCAUUGUGUUUUGUCUCAAAGACGCACACCAGUAAUGUUUUCUUCCGAGGCACAUUUAUAAAAGCUACUUUAAUUUAAAUAAGGCUUUAUCCUGGCUUAAUCUAAACCCUGUCUGUGAAACCAGGCCUAUAAAUAUGAUGGCACAUAUUAAUACAGCUUAUUGCAUAUCUUUGAUUAGGCAAUAGCAAUCAUAUUUAAUCAUAUUAAUACCUACCCGUUUCAUUAUAUCCACCGCUGUAUUUGAAUGCCUUGUCUCUUAUAGACUAUUUCUAAUGAGUUAUUCUGGCCAACGGAGGAUUUUGCUCUGAUAUAAAACAGGAAAUCUCUACUGGACAUUCGGCAGUAAUCCGGAUAAUUGAGAUUUUUCACACAGCUAUCUAGUCGGAGGUGUGUUUUCACAGAGAAAGCUCUUCCAGCUCCUGAAAGAGCAUUUUUGAAUGUAACAAUUUUUUGUCUCCCAAAAAAAAAAAAAAAAAAAAACUCAAUGCAAAUGUCUUGAUAUGAAGUAGUCAAAAAUGAAAUCUUGAAAUUACAGAGGUGAUUGUGUGUCCAUCUCAAAACUAUUUGAAAUGCUCUUGCUUUUGUUUCUCUGGGCUGUGUUCAUUUAUCCAGUCAUGUUAUUGCUUUAUAAUAAUCAUUUUUGUUUAAUUUUGAAGUCUAACAGUCUUGUAUUAUCUUAUUAGACAGCAGUUCUGUUGUUUCUAGUGAGUUUAAAGACGCAGUAUUGACGUCAGCAUUGAAAAAGACUUUCUUCAGAGCUGUCCUUUAAAAUGAGAAGAAAAACUACUGUUUUUAUUGUUUUGUUUCCUGCAUUUUACACUGUAUUUUCCAUCUAAUCGCUGCGAUUUAGUCUAUAAUUUAAGUGGAUAUCAAACCUGUGGCUUUAUUCGGGGUCAGUGAUAUUCUUGAAGUGAAGGAUGUGUAUUACAGUUAUGUGAUGUUCGUGCCAUUUUAUUAUACUGAGCUUACUGAACUGAA